CACCUUAAUGACUGAAAGAGAAACACACCGAGACGAAGCCGGGAGAUACUCGAAAUAUGUGAUGUACAGCAAAGCACAAGUAUCUGCAAAACGCACGGAGGCCGUCACCCUAGAGAGGCACCCAAGGAUAUUGUGCACCCCUAACAAUCGGGGGUACAAAGGAUUAAUCCCAGAUUCCUGUAUAUCCUGAAGGGGAAACCAUCGUCAUUUGUUCCCACUGCUAGCUUGAAAGCAAGCUUAAUAAAGUCGGAUCGGUCCUCUGCACUUCCCGAAAAUGGACCACCUCUUAUUACCUACUGCACCUCAUUGACAGGUGGCGCUUAGCGGAAAAAGUCUGCAUUGGCCAGCAUUGUUAGUGAGUACAGGGCCGGCGGAACAGCCAAAGCCAAGACAAGAAGGAAGUCAGCAGCGCAUUGCUGGUCCCACAGAGCUGGGUUGCAUAGCUUCCUCUGAUAAGGACCGCAGUCAUGUGGACAAGUGGUCGCCUGCUAAUGCCAACCAGUAGUCAACUCCUGCCACUUGCGCUGCACACCGAUGGAGCUGACUUGUUUGUCAUUUUUGAGCAGGUCGUUUGGGAUUUGAUUGCCUGCUUUGCCUCCUUGUUCUAGUAGGUGGAGCCGUUUGCAGCAAACCCUCCCUAUGAGUGGGGCGUUUUUGACAGCAUCUCAACCUCGCCGGCACCUACAAUACUUUUCUGCGUCUGCUUCCCAGCCAUUUCUGAAUAUACUUUUAUCAUCGGACCAUCUGAGAUGAAUCUUGAGGAGGAGACCGACUUAGGCGAAUAAGGUCCUUGAAACCUCCAGAAUCCAGAACAACUGCUGCUCAUCUCUUUCUUUGGAAGGCUUUCUGGGUUCUUUUAAGAGUGGAGGAUUUUCAAACCUAGUUACAUGCAUGUCCAGUGGGGGAAGGUUUAAUUUUGAUGAUGGGGGCUCCUACUGCGGAGGAUGGGCGGAAGGCAAGGCUCAUGGUCAUGGCAUUUGUACUGGCCCGAAGGGGCAAGGCGAGUAUGCGGGCUCAUGGAGUCACGGUUUCGAGGUUCUGGGUGUGUAUACCUGGCCUAGUGGCAACACCUACCAAGGCACCUGGUCACAAGGGAAAAGGCAUGGCAUUGGAGUCGAAACAAAAGGGAAAUGGGUCUACAAGGGAGAGUGGACUAAUGGAUAUAAAGGGCGCUAUGGAGUUCGGGAGAGUUGUGGAAACGGGGCAAAGUACGAGGGUACUUGGACCAACGGACUGCAGGAUGGCUAUGGGACCGAGACUUACUCCGACGGAGGUAAGUAG